AUGGACUCUGCCCCGGAGCUGCAGGAAGCCUUUGCAGCUAUGACUCCAGAGCUCUGGGAACUCAUCCCGCUCGUGCUCGACCCAGCACAUCUCGACAGCAACAGCAGCGGUGGUGGUAGCCAGCCCCACUCCCUGGGGCCCGGCGGCUCCAUGGAUGGACUGGUGGCGAGAGCGGGACCAGGCUGGCAUGGUCCAGCAGGGAUCGACCCCAGAGAGGGAUGCAUGGCUUUGCCCUGGGUUCCGUCCAUUGCUGCUGGGACCGAUGUGGUAUCUGCUAUCUCUAGCACGGAUCCCCCUCACAGUCAGUGCGGAGAGCAGCCGAGGAAGUGGAGGAAGAGGAAGAGGAACUUGUACAGCUGGAAUCAGCUGCACAUCCUGGAGUCCUUCUUCCAUCGAGAGAAAUAUCCCAACCUGCCUCAGGCUGAAAUGCUGUCGGGGAUGACGGGACUCACCUACCAACAGAUCCGGAUUUGGUUCCAGAAUAGAAGAGGGAAGCACCGGAGACUUUACACUGGAGAAAGGACACCAAGGAGCAGCCUCUGUACCCUGCAGGCCCAGCUCUGUGCACACUCCUGGCAUGCUCCAUUCUCCCCGUUUCACUGGCCAGCGCUUCCUGGAUCCCCAGGACCUGAUCCAGGGAUGCAGUGGGCUCUGCAGGGUCCAGCAAGCUCUGCCUUUGACUCCAGAAUUAACCUGCCUCCCCUCCAGGCCUCUUCCAUGCCUACGGAUUUCCAAGCCUACAACACAUGGACCCCACAGACCAGCACAGGAACCUCGCCCACUGCUGUGCACCCUGUGACCAUCAACUCCAGCUUCCUCCACAUCUCUCAGGUUCAGUCCAUGGAGUCUCUGGAGCUGUCACAGUUGAUCAAUGAUGGUGAAUCCCUGCUCUCUUCGUUCUGUAUGGAUUCCCAAGUGAAUUCGCAGUGGGGGGCCCAACCAUGGGGUUAUGCCAGCUCUGGUGACACAGAGGGAGUAACUUCAGCCCCUUACUCUGGACUCCCCACUGACUCUAUUUCCUAGCCUGAGUCAGGGAGUUUUCAUGCUCCUCCACUCCCAAGGAAUAUCUGACACUUUUCACU